UUUUUCUUUUUCUUUUUCUUUUACUUUCAUUUAUUUACCUUUUCUAACCUUUCAAUUCUCUUACUCUGUUUGGUAUCUUUCUUUUGCAGCUUGUUUUCCAGGAAUUAUUUGAAGAUUUUCAAUUGAAAUUGCGGUGAGGGAGGAAUUUGCAUCAAGAAACUAAUUAGAGUUUAAGUGUAUUAUAAUUACUUUUCACUUCUGUAUAUAUACUGAUAAUGUCUACUACUAUCACUAAUGCUCAACCAGAAGCCUCACAAUCUUCACCUCAGCAGGUGAUACAGGCAUCACCAUCGACACAACAACUGCAACAGCAGCAGUCUUCUAAAUCCAAUAAACGACUGGAACUUGAAAAAUUGAUACGAGAAUUCCAGAAUAAAUUAGGUAAUGAUUGGGAUAAGUAUCAUGAAUCAUUGAGUUUGUUUUUGAUUGGGAAACUAUCGAGAAAUGAAUUGGUGAAAACUAUAUCACCAAUAUUGAAAAAUGGUUUAAUAAAGUAUCAUAAUCGUUUAUUGUUGUUGAAUUUUGCUAACUCUUUGAAAGAUGGUCCUUUGGAUUUUCAAAAUGAAAUAGCUUCAUUUUGGAAUAAAAAAGCUAUUAAACCGAAAAAUGUUAGAUCAUCUCAAUAUGAAAAGUUUAAACAAAAUAUCAUGGGAUUACCUAUCCGUGAGAGAAGAAGAAUUAAAAGUAUCACCAAAGAAAGUGGUAAAAAGGGUAAGCUUAGUGCUUCAAUUACUCUUACCAGACAUUCUUUAUUACCUAAAAUACCAAUGAUUCAAGAUAAAGAAGAACAGCAAAAUCAAGUUAACAAUCUUGUUCAAUGGCAACAAGAUGUUGUCAAUGGUAUAAAUACUCAAAUUUGUACAGAUAACUAUGAAUUACCUGAUUUGGAUAACCUUUCUAGACGUGUUCUUAUGAUUAUGAGAGAAUACGGUUUAACUGGUGGUUUAAAUGCUAGGGUCCUAGAAGUUAUUUCCUUGGGUUUAGAGGCACAUUUGGCUAACAUUUUUGAAAGUGCAAUUGAUGUUGCCAAAUAUAGGUCAAAUAAAUUUAGUAAUAAUGAUUUUAUAUCUACUGCUAAUUCAAUAAUUGAUGAAGAAAAGAAAAAAUUUAGAAGCCCAAAGAAAAGAAAAUUAAAUGAACAACCUAAAAAGAAAGAAACUAUUUUAAAUAUAGAAGAUUUAUAUAAUACUUUCGAAAUGUUCCCUCAUUUAAUUGAACCUUGCGGUCCAAAACUUCGAUUAUCGAAUGUCAUGCUUCAAAAUGAUGAUACCAAUAACAAUGAAAGAUUACCUUAUAAUUUACCACCUAAAAUUGAACCUAUAAUAGAUUCAGUAGCCACUGCUAAUCCAAAUAUCCCAGGUAAUAGCAAUGGGCCAAGUCCUAAUACCGCCAAUGGGGUUUUGAAAAAACCCGACUCCCAUAAUGAAAAUAAUGAAAAACAACCAGAAGGUAUUAAUCCAACUGUAAAAAAAGAGGAGCCAGCCAUGCCUUCGAAACAACCAUCAAUUACAGGAAACUCAGCUUCUCGCACUCCUCAACAAUCUGAUAACUCGCAUAUUGGUACUACUGAUGAACUAAAAUGGGUGUUGCAUGAUCUUAUAUCCACGAUGUAAACGAAC